AUGGUGUACGAGCGUCUCCAUAUCAUAGAUUUGCCGAAGGACUCGGCUUUCACAUGGAUACUGUGCUUUUUCACCCAGGAUCUCGUUUACUACUUAGGUCACCGAGCUAUCCAUGAAGCUGGUGUUUUCUGGUCCUUCCAUCAAAUGCAUCAUUCCUCUGAGUACUACAAUCUCAGCACUGCACUGCGCCAAGGAGCUGUUCAGGACAUUGCGAUGUUGUUCUUCGACCUGAUGCAGGCCAUCGCCAUCCCACCGAACAUUUUCAUCGUUCACCGCUAUCUGAACCUUAUCUACCAGUUCUGGCUUCACUCGAAUGCUGUACCAUACCUCGGCCCACUCGAGUACUUCUUCAACACACCUUCCAGCCACCGGGUCCACCAUGGAAGAAAUCCGUACUGUAUCGACAGGAACUAUGGCGGCACCUUGAUUAUAUGGGACAGACUUUUCGGCACCUAUGAACCAGAGCGAAAGGGCGAAGAGAUUGCGUACGGAUUGGUCACGCCCGUGGCCUCGUUCAAUCAGCUGUGGUGCCAGUUUUUCGAGUUCAAGGCCAUCGGUUAUGACAAAGGUCAGAUGAGGAACGAGAAGGGCGAGGAACUGUUUCCGGGUGUAUGGAAUAAGGUGAAAGCAGCUCUCUGGCCGCCGGGUUAUUUUCCAGGAGUACGAACAAAGCCAUUCUUUUUAUGGCUAUGCAUGGAAGACAACACUGAGGGCAUACCUGAGGUAGAUUUCCUCUAUCUCCGUUUGUUCCUUUGCUGGCCGGAAUUCGUUUGCCGAGUCGGCCUGUUGAUCGCCUACCUGCAAAUGUUCGGUUACUACUUCGACCACAGCCGUUUCUCACUGGUCUUUGACUCGACACGGUUGGCACUGUCUGGAUUGCUAGGAUUACUUCCUGAACGACUGGUCGAUGACCGUCUACAGUUUGACGUCGUUGGCGGUUGUCUCGUGGCUCGCAUCAGAAGGCAAAAUAUCCGCAGUUGGAAAGAAGAUUGA